UAAUUGUUUUCAAAUCACUGAAGCAAUUUGAAAGGAUCUCUAUCUCUAUCUCACAUACACUUCCCAAAUCGCACUACAAAGAUUCCAAUGACCAACUAACUUGCUAAGUCUCCUUUUUCCCAUCUUAAUAAGCAUAAUAGGUAGCUAGGUAGACCCAACAGCCCAAUAGCAAUAGUUAAGUUUUAGCUUUCUUUCUUUAUAUGUAUCCCCCAUACUCUUAGCUGUAAUACCCCAUCACCAUUCUCCAUUCUUCAUUUUCCAACACCAAACAUACCCCUUCUCUUAAUAAGUUCUCAAUUGCUUAUUAACAAUAAUAAUAUGCGAUAAUGCCAUCGGUGCAUUCAAGCCCAUGUUACCCAAUGGAAAACCCAGCACUAGCAUCCCUUCUCCGCCACACGACGGGCGCGGCGGAGAAGCGGAACAAAUUCUCCACCGGGGGGCUCUUAAAGAUGUUCAAGCUCUUCCCGAUGCUGACGUCAGGUUGCAAAAUGGUGGCACUGUUGGGACGACCCCGUAAGCCUAUGCUAAAGGACAGCGCAACGACGGGGACAAUUUUCGGUUACCGGAAAGGGAGGGUGAGCCUUGCAAUACAAGAGGACACGCGGCAAAUGCCCAUGUUCUUGAUCGAGCUUCCCAUGCUUACGAGCGCUCUCAACAAGGAGAUGGCUUCCGACAUAGUUCGCAUCGCGCUGGAGAGCGAGACCAAGACCAACAAGAAGAAGCUUCUGGAAGAGUUUGUGUGGGCGGUGUACUGCAAUGGAAGGAAAGUAGGGUACUCUAUCAGGAGGAAGCAGCUCAGCGAUGAUGAGUUGCAUGUUAUGCAGCAUCUUCGAGGAGUUUCCAUGGGUGCAGGGGUUCUUCCUUCCUCUAAUAACAAUGACAAGGAUAAUAGUUUGGAUGGUGAAAUGACUUAUAUGAGAGCCCGCUUUGAGAGAGUCGUUGGUUCUAAGGAUUCUGAAGCUUUGUAUAUGAUUAAUCCAGAUGGUGCUCAAGGACCUGAGUUUAGUAUCUUCUUUGUUAGAGCUCACUAAUCAUACUUAUUAUUAUUAUUUAAUUUCCUUAUAAUAUAAUAAUAACUUGUAUGUAUGUA